GCCUCUCUAUCCUUGUCUCCUCUACCUUUCUCCUUCAUUCUCAAAUGGGGACUAGUAGUGGGGCCCUCUCUCUUCAAUUCUUUCUUUGAUUUUUCCAAACAAAUUUGAUAUACACAGUUGCAGAGCAGAGCAGAGUAAGAAAGAUCAAAGCAAAAUGGGAUUGCUUUCGAAUAAGAUCGAGAGGGAGAUUCUUAAACCUGGGGAUCAUAUCUACUCUUGGAGACACGCCUAUAUCUAUGCCCACCACGGGAUAUAUGUUGGUGAGGGAAAUGUUAUCCAUUUUACUCGGGGAGGAGGCCAGGAAAUUGGAAUAGGAAAUUUUUUAGACCGCAUCAUUGUGAGCUCAUCACCUUCUCGUCCGUCAGAUAAUCCAUGCCCAAGAUGUGGUGAUCAAUCAAGGCUUGAUGGAGUCAUCUCUUCCUGUAUGGAUUGUUUUCUUUCCGGAGGAGAACUCUACAUCUUUGAGUAUAGUGUCUCCCCAGCUCUCUUUAUUGCCAAAGCUCGUGGAGGUACCUGCACUCUUGCUUCUUCUGACUCACCUGAAGAAGUUAUUCACCGUGCUUCUUAUCUCCUCCAGAAUGGUUUUGGUUGCUAUGAUAUUUUCAGGAACAACUGUGAAGACUUUGCAAUAUACUGCAAAACAGGCCUGCUUGUGUAUACUGCCAUUAGUGUGGGCCGGAGUGGGCAGGCAGCAUCCAUUCUUGCUGCUGCUAGUGCUAUCCUUUCUUCGCCACUUCGAUUUCUGACUACCAGUUUUGGUGGUCUGGCAGCUGUAGGUUAUGGCAUGUAUUGUUUCAGCCGUUUGGUUUCUGAUAUGGGAGUACAGCGUGAUGUCAAAAAAGUUCCAGUGGAGAUGCUUGUUUGCCGCGCUGUCUCAGAUGAGUCAGAGGCUGUAACUGAGAUGGCCAAGGCAGACUAGUCUUUUGACAUGGGCAGGUGUUAUAUGUGUGGUUUGCAGGAAUUUGGUUAUU